AGCUGAGGCGACGCUACCCCCUCCCCUCCUCCAGCCGUAUCCGCCCCCCGCGCGCCUUUUUCUUGUAGAGUUCCGGAAACCGCAAGCCUCCCUCGCCCAGCCGCACGCACCCUGGGGCACCUGCCCCCGCCGGGCUCCGCCUCACUUCACCCCUCGCCUCCCCUCCCCACCCCUCCGCGCGGGGUAGUAGGAGUCGGACGGUGGCCGGGCUUGGGUGUGGAAGGAGGGGACAGCGGAGGGGAGGAGCGGAGUUGAGGGCGGGCGCCGAGCCGAGGUGCGCUGCCUGGGACAGAGCCCUGGCAUUUGUCGCGGAAGCCUUGGCAGGGGACGCAGAGCAGCGCUCCGAGCAGCAGCCUCAGUCGCAGCAGUAGCAGGCGGAGGUGGCGGAAGAGCCGAGCUCGGCCCGGGCGUGCCCCGCUCCCCCUGAAUGACGGGCGGCAGGUUCGACUUCGACGAUGGCGGCACCUACUGCGGCGGCUGGGAGGACGGCAAAGCCCACGGGCACGGCAUUUGCACCGGGCCCAAAGGGCAGGGCGAGUACGCGGGCUCGUGGGCGCACGGCUUCGAGGUGGUGGGCACCUAUACUUGGCCCAGCGGCAACACCUACCACGGCUACUGGGCGCAGGGCAAGCGCCACGGGCUGGGCGUGGAGACGAAGGGCAAGUGGAUGUACCGCGGCGAGUGGUCACACGGCUUCAAGGGCCGCUACGGCGUGCGCCAGAGCCUCACUACCCCUGCCCGCUAUGAGGGCACCUGGAGCAACGGGCUGCAGGACGGCUACGGCGUUGAGACCUACGGCGACGGAGGUACAUACCAGGGACAAUGGACAGGAGGGAUGAGGCAUGGAUAUGGAAUGCGGCAAAGUGUUCCCUAUGGCAUGGCAACUGUGAUCCGUUCACCCCUCCGGACAUCUCUAGCAUCACUACGUAGUGAGCAGAGCAAUGGCACUGUCCUACAUGAUGUUACAUCAGACAGUCCAGCUGGAACAAGAGGAGGAUUUGUGUUGAAUUUUCACAGUGAUCUUGAAGGCAUUGGUAGUAAGAAAAAAGGAGGCUUGUUCAGAAGAGGAUCACUUCUUGGAAGUAUAAAACUUAGAAAAUCAGAAUCAAAAUCAUCAAUUUCUAGCAAACGUAGCUCUGUGAGGAGUGAUGCUGCAAUGAGCAGGAUUAGUUCUAGUGAUGCCAAUUCUACCAUUAGUUUUGGAGAUGGAGACUGUGAUUAUUGCCCAGUAGAAGACCACGUUGAUGCCACUACAACAGAAACAUACAUGGGAGAAUGGAAGAAUGACAAGCGUAGUGGUUUUGGUAUUAGUGAGCGCUCAAAUGGUAUGAAAUAUGAAGGGGAGUGGCUAAAUAAUAAGAGACAUGGAUAUGGAUGUACCAUGUUUCCAGAUGGCACCAAGGAAGAGGGAAAGUAUAAAAACAAUGUUUUGGUCCGUGGAAUAAGGAAGCAGCUUAUACCAAUAAGAAACACAAAAACUAAAGAAAAGGUGGAACGUGCACUCGAGGGUGCCCAGCGUGCAGCUGCCAUGGCAAGAACUAAAGUGGAAAUCGCAACCUCAAGAACUGCACAUGCAAGGGCUAAAGCUGAUGCUGCAGAUCAAGCUGCUCAAUCUGCUCGUCAGGAGUGUGACAUUGCCAGAGCAGUCGCCAGAGAACUUUCCCCGGGUUUCUACCAACCAGGUCCUGAUUAUAUCAAGCAACGAUUUCAAGAAAGUGCAGAAGUUAAGGAAAAUCCUGAAGAAAAAGCUCAGAAAAAACUACCUACACCAAAAGAAUCUCCUCACUUUUAUCGAAAAGGCACUACACCUCCUGGGACCCCAGAAGAGAGCCCAAGGCAUACUCCCCCCUCUGCUGAGCCUUCCCCUGCAAAACAAGGCAAAAAGCAAAACUCCACCUCUGAGGUCAGACUAAUUCAAGAAAAAAAGAAUUUAACCAGUGAAAAUAUAACACCAGUCAUCAACAAACCUGUUUAUUCGAAAGCACCAGUGAAGGAGGAACUUAUGGUAAAGCCUCAGCCAAAGUCGUCACCCCACAACAAUCCUAUCAACACAGAGAAUGCGGAGUUACAUGAUCAUUACCAUGGCUAUUAUGUGAGAAGUAAUCCAGCUAAGUAUCCAUUUGAGCUCCGGGAAGACGAGGACUAUGCCAACCCAUCAUCUUCAGCACUUGCAGUAGUAGCACCAGCUCAGAAGCCAAGCCCCACCAGAUCUGGGAUACAGUUAGAUGCCAAAGAAUCAUUAAAGAAGCCUGAAUCUGCUGCACCAAAGAAUCCACCUAAUAAUGACUUCUAUUCUUCCAUGGAAAGAGAAGGCAGUUUGGGUCCUAAUUCAAUCAUGAUUGCCCUGGUAAUGCUGUUGAAUAUUGGUUUAGCCAUUCUUUUUGUCCAUUUUCUAACUUGAUUGGGAUUAGGAAAGUGAAGUCAUGACAACUAGUGGCGUAAGCCCACAAUUCUCGGCAGUUGUGUCAUCAGCCUUUUAAAUGGCACGAGUCAUGUUCAGACACAGGGAAGGAGGCAUGGAAUUAGGAUGGGACACGAGAGAGAUGAAACUUGGAAAUCUCAGCCAGGGGCCUGAGCAGUACCUCUGCUGAGGAUUUGUGGCUUUGGGGUCCUCUGAAAGCUGAAGCAAACAACCAUGGUGGAAAAAAAACCCCACAAGCGCGCACACACACAAGCUUGCUGAAGCAGCUCGACAAGUAGAGUGUGUUGGCUACUCCAUAUGUUCCAGCAGAGUGUGUGACUAAACUGGAAAUGUACAGAGCUGCACUUUUGUUGAUGGAAGUUAACAGCUGCCUUACUAUUUUGCUGUCUGAUGUUUUUGGAGGGGGAGAUGGGAAAACGACUGCCAGAGGAAUGUGGUCAGAGGAUUCUGUUGCUGUGGAAGCGAUUCCAGUAUUCACUCCUAUCUCAUUAGAAGAAAUAGUUAGCAGCAUCACUCACCAGUCUUAUUCCAUUACCUGCUGUUUUUAAAAUCUCCUUGCAGUUUUCUGGGAGAUUGUGUUUCAUUUGCUUAUGCAUGAUUCUGUUAAUUUAAUAUUUAUUUAAAAUCUAUGUACAGCCAUAAUGUAAUAAUGUACACCAGCCUGGAAAACUUCAGUAGCUUUCACCCUAUGUCAGAAAAACAAAAUUAAAGCAUGUAGCAUAUAUGCUGUAUAAAUAUUUUAUUGGAAGGUUCAACUUCUUCACAAUAUUUUUUUUUUACCUAAGCCAGUAAAGUCAUCUUCCUUUAAGGCUUAGCAGGCAAUAUGCAACAGUGUUUUAAGCCAUUCUUUAUAUCUUCCUAUUGAAAGUGGCAAGCAGAAUUAUUUUUUAUGCUGUGAGAUUUAUUGGGCUGUAUCAGCAUACUGGAUGAGCAAAGCAGAAUAUUUUGAGAAGUGUGCCGCUCAGUGAUUUGAGUCUAAUCUCAAUAUUGGACAUUUUUACUGGCAUUUAAAGUCUUUGCCUGAUUGCACAAUUGAAGCUGUUCAUCAAUACUUACAAUAAAUCAUUAUUUUUAAAGGUCAGGCUUCAUGUUGAAUACAUUCAGGUAGAGCAUUUAAGUCUGUUAAUAAUGACUGAUUAUCAGUUUGAUGCCUUUUAAUGUUGUUAAAAUGAGUCUGUAAUCUUACCUCAGCCAGUUAAAACUUAAGCCUCAAACUUUAAUUUUGACUCUUCGUCUUAACUAGGUUUACAGUCCUGUGUUUGAUGAUAUGAUCCAUGUUUUUCUUGUUUUCCCUGCUGUAGUUACUGUAUUCCAUAUUACUCAAAAGCAUGCUUGUUUACUUACAGAAAAAUUGUACAUGGAGUGGCCAUUUUGAAAGUCAGCAUUUUAAUUAGAAAUAAAAAGUAAAGGGCUUGGGUUUUGUUUUUAUCUGUGAGAAAAGAGUACUUUUCCACUUUUUAAUCUUGUUUGUAAAUUAUUAUUAUUAUUAUUUGCAUGAUUUAAUGAAGAGGUUUCUUCAUAAAUACAUUAGCAAUUGUAAGAGGCAGCCCAUCAGAUGGAAUUAGGUAAGGAAUUAUUCUUAUAGCCUGGAGCAGCUCAAUGCGGGCAGUAACUCAGUGGCAUUUUUUGCAGAAGUGGGUUUGAGAAUCCUGUGUUUUGACCAGUGUGGAAUCGAGAAGAAAGCAGAAAGGCAGCAAAUGAAACUUUAACAACUUAUGUUUGUAUGUUUGUUUGUUAAGGAAGGAAACUUGUUUUACUUCUAAAUUCAGAAAGCUGAGAUUCAGGUUCUUAAAAUUGUAACAAGCCUUGAUGUCCUAUAUAAACACUCUUUCUUAUCUACAGUUCAUCCCAGUUAAGUUAUUGCUUGAACUAAUUUUGUAACUGACAUUUAAAUUUUAUUACAUGUUUAUUUAAAAAUCUUUAAAAAGGCUUUGAAAAUGUUUAUAAAUGUAAGCAUGUUAUUUCCAUUUAUAAAUAUGUAUGAUUUAUAAGCUUUUUUAAAAACUAAGCUCCAAUAAAAAAUUGUUGGUAUUUUUCUAAGAUGUGCACAGCUGUAUUUUACAUAAAAGGCUAUUUAUAGUUGGUUGUAUACUGUACACUGCAUUUUGGACAGCUCAUAAGUCUGCCAAUGUAUUUAAUGAUAUGUCACUUUGUCUAUUUAAAAUUUCUUGCUGUGAAUGAACUCUUUAUCAAAUGAGCUUCUUUAUUUAUAAUUCUGGAACCCAAAAUGAAUAAUGUACAGUUUUCAUAACUGUAUUUACUCUAAUAAAAAGAAAUUGGUUA